AUGCUCGAGACGGUGCGCAGCAGGCGCAUCUACGGUGCAGGCAUCACCCUCGUCCUCCCGCUGUGCGCCGCCGCCGGUUACUACCUCCGCACCUCGCACGACGACACCGUCACCGACUCGGCCGCCCAGCUCCUCCACAAGGCCCAGCCCGACCGCCAGGACCCGCAAGCACCGCUCACCCCCGCCCAGGAGGUCGCCCUGUGGAAGGAGCACGCCGCCGUCGAGGAGCGCAUCCGCAUGCUCCGCCGCAACGAGCUCCAGCUCGACCUCGAACACAAGGAACUCGACGACAAGCUCAAGCGCAUCGCACACCGCAAACUCGCCAACAAGGCCGCCUGA